AUGGCAGGAAGCCCUGGGGUGUUUGGCCCACAGGAUGCCACUGGAAAGCACUGCCAGUCAUACUUUUGGGGCGUGGGCGUGGCAGAGGAAGAGUCACAAGGGCUGGCGACUGCUGUUCCUGGCCUGGGCCUGGACAUCAGGCCCAUCAUGCGUGUCCAUCACAUGAGAACCAUCGAGGACCUGAGGAACAAGAUCAUCGCGGCCACCAUCGAGAACGCUCAGCCCAUUCUGCAGAUUGACAAUGCCAGGCUGGCAGCCGAUGACUUUAGGACCAAGUAUGAGCACGAGCUGGCCCUGCGCCAGAGCGUGGAGGCCGACAUCAACGGCCUGCGCAGGGUGUUGGACGAGCUGACCCUGGCCAGGACUGACCUGGAGAUGCAGAUCGAAGGGCUGAAGGAGGAGCUGGCCUUCCUGAAGAAGAACCACGAGGAGGAGAUGCUUGCCCUGCGGGGUCAGACUGGCGGGGACGUCAGUGUGGAGAUGGAUGCCGCCCCCGGUGUGGACCUGAGCCGCAUCCUGAACGAGAUGCGCGACCAGUACGAGCAGAUGGCGGAGAAGAACCGCAGAGACGCGGAGGCCUGGUUCCUGAGCAAGACCGAAGAGCUGAACAAGGAAGUGGCGUCAAACAGCGAACUGGUGCAGAGUGGCCGCACGGAGGUGACCGAGCUCCGGAGGGUGCUCCAGGGCCUGGAGAUUGAACUGCAGUCCCAGCUCAGCAUGAAAGCAUCCCUGGAGAGCAGCCUGGAGGAGACCAAAGGCCGCUACUGCAUGCAGCUGGCCCAGAUCCAGGACCUGAUCGGCAGCGUGGAGGAGCAGCUGGCCCAGCUGCGCUGCGAGAUGGAAAAGAAUAUGGCCAAGUUCAAGUACGCGGACACGAUCAGGACUCUACUGUUUAAUCACCUGUGA